AAAAAAUAUCUCUUUUUAUUAAAAAAUAAUCUACAAAUCUGUGGAUUUGACUUGAUGCGUCAAGUCUACAUCUAAAGUGUAUGUUAAAAGUGAUACAAAAUGUUGGUCGAAUUAAUAUUACUAGUAGCCAUACUCCUGCUGAUACAACAACGUUGGACAAAGAGGGAUAUAUAUAAGUUGGGGGAACAAUUGAAUUCUGGAAUAAGGACAUUUCCACUUAUUGGACACAUUUAUUUGUUCGUCGGUGAUAAUGUAAGACUAAUGAAAGCCUUCCACGUGGUUGGCUUGGAUGCAUUGAAAAAGGAAAAUGGCUUGUCAUCACUCUGGUUUGGAAACUAUUUGUAUACCAUUGUUGCUGAUCCUGAAGCGGCAGACACAAUUUUAAAAAACAUUUCGGAAAAGGAUGACAUCGUUAAAUUUGCUUCAGAUUUUAUUGGAAAUGGUUCAAUAUUUGCCCCAGUACCGAUUUGGCGGCCACGUCGCAAAGUAUUAAUACCGAUGUUUAGUAUGAAGAAUUUAAAAUAUUUUUCUACAAUAUUUGCAAGUGAAAGCCAAAUCCUGGUUGAGGAACUUGGAAAAACCGUUGGAAAUGGUCCAAUUCCAGUAUUUAAAUACAUCUCCGCUUAUACGAUGGAUUCUAUUGCGCAAACUGCCAUGGCUUAUAAAAUGCAUGCCCAAAGGAAUUCUGAUCACUUUUUCUUGAAAGGAUUUGAUAUGGGACUCAAUAGCGUAGUUGAGCGUAUUUAUCAGCCAUGGCUGCACAGUGAUACGAUAUACAAGAAUCUUCCACGGUAUUCAACGUUAAUGAAGCAUAAGAAGUUGCUAUGGGACUUUAUACUUCAGUUGAUUAGAAAUAAACGAAAGGAACUUGAAGAAACCAACAUGACCCGGCAACAACAGGAAAAUUCUUCAGAUACUGUCCAUAAGACGUUUUUGGAGAGCCUUAUAAAAUUGUCUGGUGGUGAUGAUGGGUACACGGAUGAUGAAAUAGUAGAGGAACUGAUGGUGAUCAUGGUGGCUGGUACUGACACCUCAGCAGUCGCAGUCUCCUUCGUGAUUUUGCUACUCUCCAGAUAUCCCGAAAUACAGGAGAAAGUUUUUGAAGAAUUACAAGAAGUAUUCGGAGACUCAGACAGGUUGACCACCUUCGAGGACCUGCCUCGACUGAAGUACCUCGAAGCAGUGAUCAAGGAGACACAACGGUUAUACACCACCUCACCGAUUGUAACCAGGAAAGUGGAUAAAGAACUUUUAUUACCCUGUGGUAUAAAGCUGGUGCCUGGCACUGGUAUCAUGAUCAACAUCUGGGCUUUACACCGUAACCCUCGUUACUGGGGAGACGACGCAGACCAGUUCCGACCUGAACGGUUCCUUAACCUGGAUCUCAAGCACCCAGCUGCCUUUAUGCCAUUCAGUUAUGGACCUAGGAACUGUGUUGGUUAUCAAUACGCUAUGAUAUCGAUGAAGACGGCGUUAUCUACGCUACUAAGAAGAUACAAGAUCCUGCCUGCCACCAAACCUAACAGUAAUGCUGAGUUCCCACCACUGCGCCUCAAGUUUGAUCUUAUGAUGAAAGAUGCAGACGGUUUCCAAAUAUGUAUCGAGCCUAGAUCAAAACGAGCUUAA